UAUCAAAACGUCAAAAGUUUAGCAGCAACAUUUUCAGCAUUUUCAACACGAGUGAUUAUUUUCUUUGAUAUUUCGCGGAAAACCUGCAUAAUAUAACAACUUUAAAGGAUUUAACAUCGUCUAAGAACUAUUCUCAAUGGCAUCCGCCACACCUCAGGGAGCCAGUCUGCUCUACGGACUCCGCAAGUCGAAAAAGUUCACCAAGGGCUGGGGAGCGCAGCUGCCCGCGGCCUACAAGAAAUUCUGGGACGAAUGGAAGCUCCAGCAGCCAGCUGCUGUUCACUAUGUUCCGAAGGAUGGAAUGUUUCAACGGGAAGACGUGACAGGAUUGGUAACGCCAAUCCAAAACGUACCACUGCCACUGAUCGAUCCGCCAGAGUCGCAUCAAGGAAUCUGGGGCGGAGAAGCCAUUGUGAAGGGCUUCCAAAAACGCAACCCAUACAAACGCCGAGUUCCUCACUUUUGGGUUCCUGUUCUUAGACGUUCUGUUGUACAUAGCCAAGUUUUAAACGAGUAUAUGGCGGUAACGGUUACCGAUCGUACGCUGGAUCAAAUCCACGACAACCAUGGUUUCGAUCAUUACUUGCUGAAAACUCCGGCCUGCGACCUGCGUUCGAUGCUAGCUAUUAAACUGAAGAAGAAGGUACUUGUGGACCUGUUGGCGGGAUGUCCCAAACUAGCUUCCGAGCCGGAGAAACAACAAGCCGUCCUGAAAGAGUACGCUUGCUAUCUGUCCCAGUACACCCCAGAGGAAAUCGAUUGGUAUGGUCUGACGUACGUGGAAGCUGUUCUGAAAAUUAAGAACGAAGUUGAAUCCAAGGAGGACAAACGACCGCACAAAUUGAUUUUUCGUCAAAAGCUGAUCGAGCAACUGAAGGAGGCCGGUAUUAGUGAAGCGCAGGGUACAACCGAAGAAUUGAAAGCAAUGGAAGACUCCAGCUCGUCUUCCUGGCUAUCGAAGCUUAGCUUCAAACCUAAGAACUGGUAGGGAGACAGUAAGUAGCCAAAACAAAUUCUGGUCUAAAUUCUUUUGUUUGAUAUAGUCAUAAACUACUCUCCGGGUCAUGGAGAGAAGACAAAUAGAGACUUGCUCGUUGAAACCUAAAAUGAGAGUACAAACCAAA